AAAAAAGUGUGGGGACAUUUCAAAACCAGAGCUCGUCCUUUUGUUAUUUCAGAAUCAAUUAUUACCUUCUGAUCAAUUCUCUAAUUAAUCGAAAAUUAGAAGCGAAGAGAAGAGAAGAGAAGAGAAGAGAGAGAAUGGAAACGUUAAUGGAGGAAGAAGAGUACAACUGGAUGGAAGUGAAGCUGCCUUCGAUGAUACCGGUGAUACCAGAGCCGGAAUUGGAGAGAGAAACCGGCGAUAGACGUCGCGGCCGUGAUAUUCUCAUCGCCGUCGAUCAUGGCCCUAAUAGCAAACACGCCUUCGAUUGGGCCCUCGUCCACCUCUGCAGGCUCGCCGACACCGUUCAUCUUGUCCAUGUCGUCUCCAGUUUGAAGAACGGUAUUGUGUACGAGGCAACACAGGACCUUAUGGAGAAGCUUGCUGUGGAGGCUUUCCAGGUCGCUAUGGUGAAAACAAUGGCUCGGAUUCUGGAAGGAGAUGCUGGAAAGGUAAUUUGCAAGGAAGCAGAAAGGUUAAAACCUGUGGCACUAGUCAUGGGCACCAGAGGCCGAAGCUUAAUCCAAAGUGUACUGCAGGGAAGUGUGAGUGAGUAUUGCUUCCACAAUUGUAAAUCAGCACCCAUUAUAAUUGUUCCUGGAAAAGAGGCUGGAGAAGAAUCAGUGAUUUAGUCGAACUAGCAAAAGAACGAGAGAAAAAAGAAAAGAAUCAGGAUCUGAGGCAUUUGGAUUGAACUUGUCCAAGGAAUUGUAUGAUCAAUAUUCCGAUUCACAUCUCCGUCUUCAGGUUGCUAGCUUCAAUGGAACCUGCAAAACACCAAAUUCGUCUCUUUAGGUUCAGAAAUUAGAGCUAAUGCGAUUUACUGUUAUAUUAGUGCAUAGAAAAUGUAUAUGACUAAUGGGUUGGUGACACAGCAAGUGGGAGUUUUUUACAGAUCUUAUAUCUGAAGUCAACUAGUUUGAUCUGAUUCUAUCUACUGUGCAACAAGAUUACUUGUUUUAAGUGAGACAUUUCUUUUAAAAAAAUCAUAACAAUGCAGUGCUUUACUUGAUA